UUCAGCUGCUGAGAGAAGGGCAGCUGGGGUCGCUCGGAGCGGCUGGUGCCCUCAAGAGAGGGCGGGUGGGGUCCCGGCUUUCCAGGGGGCUCUUCCUGUCGCCGUAAUGAGGAGCGCUGGGAGCAGGUGAUGAAACGGCGGCCCGGGUUGCGUGAGGCCGCUUGUCCCGCGGGCCUGGCUCCCCACCUGCCUCUCACUUCUGCUUUCCCGGCUCGGCUCGCGCUGAGCCCUGCGUCCUCGUUCAGCCCCGUGGUGCACUGCGGGCGCCAAGCCUCGGCCCAGCGUCCCGAGGUCCAGGGUUGGCUUCUGGAUGGGAAAAUAGGAUCGAAAGCCUGGGGUCAGGCGAGGAGGUGUUUCUCACCUGCUUUCCUUUACGGAGCCACUCUGCCCAGCCAGGUGCCAUGGGGAGGAAAAAAAUCCAGAUCUCACGAAUUCUAGAUCAACGGAAUCGGCAGGUGACUUUCACCAAGCGCAAGUUCGGGCUGAUGAAGAAGGCCUACGAGCUGAGCGUGUUGUGCGACUGCGAGAUCGCGCUCAUCAUUUUCAACAGCGCGCAGCGCCUCUUCCAGUACGCCAGCAGUGACAUGGACCGCGUGCUGCUCAAAUACACCGAGUACAGCGAACCGCACGAGAGUCGCACCAACGCCGACAUCCUGCAGACACUGAAAAGGAGGGGCGUGGGCCUGGAUGGGUCGGAGCUGGAGGUGGACGAGGGGCCGGGAGAGAAGCUGCUGAGGAGGCUGGGAGCAGACCGAGGAGGCCCGGCCUCGCCCCUGCCUCUGCCUCGGAUCUGUUCAGUGGCCCCAGCAAUGCCCAUCCAGGAGCCAGCAUAUCGGGUCCCUCCUGCUUCACCCGGCUGCGACCCUGGCGGGCUCAGGGAACCCACGACUGCCCACAACCGCCCGUCCCCCUUUCGGCCAGCAGCGCCCAGAGCGGGGCCCCCGGGCCUUGGACACCCUGUCUUCCCCUCGAGUCACCUGGCAGGCAAGACGCCCCCACCCCUGUACCUGGCAGGAGAUGGGCGGAGGCCCGAUCUGCCUGGGGGCCUGGUGGGGGCCCGAGGGGGACUGGGCGCCUCUAGGAGCCUGUAUAGUGGCCUGCAGAGCCCCGGGGCCCAGAGCCCCCCUCUGGGGAACUUAGCUUUCCUGCCUGCUGGCCCCUCAGAGUUCAGCCCAGGAGACGCUGCACCGCCCCCGCUGCAGCCUGUACCCUGGCCGCCGUCGAGGGACGCGGCUGCCCCUACCAGACCCGGGGGUGCCCGCAGCCUGUGUGAGGAUGGUCUCCCCAGCCGCGUGACCUCACCUCCGCCGCCCCCAAUCAGCAUCAAGUCUGAGCGCCUGUCUCCCGGCCCCGGGGCCCCCGGAGAUUUCCCGCGGCCCUUCGCGUACCCGCUGCUUCUUGCCCGGCCCCUGGCGGAGCCGCUGCGGCCCGCAGCUUCCCUGCGGCGUCUGCCUCCCGACGGCUGGCCGCGGUAGCGCCCGGGACACCCCCAUCCCGGCCUCGGCGGAGAAGAUCCCGGGGUCUCGGGUCCCCUGUGCGGCCUGGAGGGCGCGGGCGCCCAACACACAUCGCCCGUGGGGUCCGGUUCCUCUCCUGGUCAAUAAAUAAAAGCCCGCGGCUCAGCGCCUG